CCUUUACGCUUCGCCAUUGUUGAAAAGGGCAGCGCUCGAGGCGCACGCCGAGUUUGGACGCUUACGCAGUUUUUCACUAUUUACCCAUCCCGUGCUGUGAUAUUAGAUUGUUUUAUAUCAUUUAUUAGAAACGAGGAAAUUAACAAAAAAUGGAAGAUGAUCAACAGUUUUGCUUAAGGUGGAACAACCACCAGAGUACAUUGAUCCAAAACUUCGACACACUUCUAGAAAGCGGCACUCUUGUGGAUUGUACGUUAGCUGCCGAAGGAAAAUAUUUGAAAGCGCAUAAAGUGGUACUUUCGGCGUGCAGUCCCUAUUUUGAGGGACUUCUCAGCGAGCAUUAUGAUAAGCAUCCCGUGUUUAUCCUGAAAGACGUUAAAUUUAAAGAAUUAAAAGCUAUGAUGGACUAUAUGUACAGGGGAGAAGUUAAUAUCUCCCAGGAUCAGUUGGCGGCAUUACUUAAAGCCGCCGAAUCACUGCAAAUUAAGGGGUUAUCCGAAAGUAAAACAAGUGGCAGCAACAAAAUGGAUUCGAGGCAACAAAAAGUCGUGCCACAAGUUACGGCAGCCCCGUGUGACAUUCCACAAGGGGCUUCCAGCCUUACCAUAGAAAAAAAUAAAGUUCCUAGGCAGAGUUUGCCGCAAGGAUCUGUUGGGGAUAUUCCUGAGGAUUCGGCUAGUCCUCAAAUACCACCCAAAGGUCUUUCGUCGAGGGAAGGUUCACAAAGUCCGACUUCCAGAAAAAGAAAGAGGUUUCGAAGAAGAAGCGUCGGGGAAGAUAAUAAUUCGAUGGAGAACCACGAGGCCUCAAAUUCAAACGAUAUGUCUCAGCAAGUGGCUGUUCCAGCACUUGGAAUUGCACCUGUCGCGGAAGAAACAGCACACGCAGACCCUGCAGACUCUAUUGGCAGGUCAGCCUUAAUGACACAGCUGACGAGACCUGCGGACGAGAUGCUGCAAAUACCGUUAGAAAAACCGGAACCAAACGAUAAUCUCAUCGAGCCAAAGUCGGAAUAUAUGGAAGAUCCAGAAGAAGCCGUCGAAGAUCUGACGCUCGAUGACGAUAUGAAUGAUCUUAACGAAAUGGAACCGGAUAAUAAUAGAGCUGGCCCUUCUCACGAUCCUUCCCAACAUCCAGCAGGUAUAGGCGCGUGGCACGUUACCGGAGAUCGAAGUAACGCGGGAGGAGUUGUGGGCUCGGUGGCAGGAGCUCCUGGAACGACAGACGAAGUCUUUCUCGCAGCCCAAGAGGCCGCCCAGGCCCACCGCGACUCUCAAGAAUGGCAAAUCGAAGUGGAAGACUACAAAGACCAAACUAUGAUGAAUGGAUAUUAUUUUGGAACGCAGGAUAGUAUUGCUCCUGUAAAUGUAAAAUACCACGAUGAAUCUAAAGAAUAUCCUUGCGAUGCUUGUCCCAAAAGUUUUGGAUGUUAUCGUAGUUUAAAGUCUCACAAGGCAAACGAUUGCGGUAAAACAUACACCUGUACAACGUGCGGCAAAACUUUCAACUAUCGUGCGAGCUAUUGCCGGCAUAGAAAGCGUUGCGUAUCGAUCGUCCCUGGUGGAGCGCUUGGAAAACGAAAACGGCAGAAAAAUACAACGCGAAGCGGAGAAAAGCCGAAAAGGACAGAAAAGUUAUCGAAGAUGCGUCUCUGGUAGCGGCUCCUGUUGCGGCCUAAUAAUAUUGAUUCGAUGAGUACGUUGGAGACUUCACGGCUUCAAAGAUAUAUUCUGCUUCGCGAAAGAAGCGAUAAAUGUUGGAUUUCGUCGUUGAAAAUGUAUCGAAUUUGUACAUACUGUUUUGUUCCGCAGAUUCGUCGCGAUACAUCAAUUACACGCACACCCACGCAAACAACUGGAACAAUGCCGUGAAAACGACUAGUUACACGAUUUCAUGGAAUAAAGUUUAACGAUGCGUGCGCUGUACCCGAGCUCGAACGUCGGAGUAGUUUUUCUGUUUUCUUUUCACGAACAUUUACUGGAACGACCUAAUUCGUCGACUACUUAUCCUUGCUAGAUUUUCGCCUUUUUUCGCGUGGGAAACACUAUCCAGGCGUAUACGAUUUUCCAAAUAUUUUUCAUCGUUUUUAGGGAAAGGAUCCUCCAAGUAGUUCUCUUCGUCAUCGUCUCCCGAAUGUUGUAUCGAUGCAUCUGCGUGCAUCGGUACACGGCGAUAAAACUUCAAUGUCUUCGUCCUAGCAAGGACACGAUACAUUUAUAAAAGACUCCGUUAAAGAAAAGUGUGGAAAUCGACUGGUUCGCUAACAACGGCGCGUUAAUUACGGUACCCCGCGAACGAAGAAAUUAACAUUUUUUUCCUUUUUUAAUAUCGAAACAAUAUUUCUCGACUGUUCCAGUUGCUUCUAAAGUGAAAAUUUUUCGACAUCGAUAUCCCGUGAACCGUGAAAAACGUAUCUCUGCUACCUAGAUAGUGCUUUACUCUCGGCCCUGUCGAAACGGCGAAGGGUGUAAGUUUCAUUUCUUCUGCACGACGUACGUUGAAGAAAGAAACGAUAAUUUUUGUUCUGUUUGGUGAAACGAAAGUUCGAAAGUUAAUUACGAGGGAAAGGCAAAGGGGAAAAUGAGGGGGUUGGGGAGAGUUUACGAUUAGAAGCAAAGUAGCUGAGCAUGGAUGAAAACGAGCACUCUGUAUUAUCUAUCGAAUGUCGUCGGUUCGUUGGUCUCGCGUCCCUUGCUUCUGCCACUAACCAACAACAA